UCUGCUCUGCAUCCCACCAAUCCUCCGGCUGCAGAGUGAUCACACUGUAACCUUGCUUCCCAGAGGACAGUGUCUCACUCAGACCGGAGAGAAGGUUGGCACACUGAGCAGAACCAUGAGCUCCCUGUUUGGAAUACUCUGCCUCCUCUCGGCUCCUGCAGCAACAAGUUACUCUUACUCAUGUUCUCAGUGUAGUUUUAUGAACUGGAAAUGCUCAGGCAACAACAACACUUGCCCAUCAGGAGAGAGGUGUGGAUUCUCAUACACAAAAGGCGUUACUGGUAGUAGGAAUGCUGUAUUUCUGGGCAAGCCACGUGUAUGGUCAUCUGGAUGUAGCCCCUUCGAAAGCACGAGCGCGCAAGGAAAAAUCAGGAAAAUCAAAUCAUGUUGUAACACGGAUGACUGCAAUCUUUAUAGUCCUGCAUGUGAUAAGAUGGCUGACAUUUUGGCCAGGACAUAUAAAUGUGCAUCUGAAUGUAACUUCUUGGGCAGCAUCCGCCUACAGCAACUACAAAUCAGCAUGGGCACAAUAUGUUAUAGCGAUCCCGAAUGCACUAUGAUCGGCAAUUUGCCAACUGAAAACUCUCCCCUCAAUGGACUGGGCUGCCCAUCCUGCUUAUCUGUUAACUCUACCUGGUGUCACACUGAUGAAACCCUACAGUGCAGAGGGGAUGAGACUAUGUGUCUUCUUCUGCAGACAACACAAGAAUCAGGCUCAAUGUCAACUUCAACAGCCUUUCGAGGGUGCGCAACAAUGUCUAUGUGUGAUCUUGGCAGUCAGUCCCAAAAUAAGACUGGAUCAUUCACUGAGGUUAAGAUUAACUGCACGAGAGCCAGCACCAGCGGUAGCAACAGAGGCAGCAUGAGUGUCCAUAAAGUCGUCUUGACUUCAGCCAUUGUGUGUCUCCUGCUGAAAUUGCUCUUCUAGUAUUCUUGGAGGAAUGUGGUCAAAAUAAAUGACAAAGAUGUA